UCCUUUCUUGAGCAACUGGUUGUUGCUGCAGAGGUCACGGAAGGGACUGGUGGAGGCUCCCGGCUCUGGCAUUGGGAAAUAUGACAGCAGAAGUGAAUACUCGUUAACAUAAGGGAUUUACUGAAGAAGAAAGACAAAAUGCCUUUCAAAGGGCUUGGUUCACUGAAAGAAAGAUUUUUUAACCCAGGAAAAGAAGAGGUGAAGAACACCAUUAGUGACUCGCUGGGGAAUCUGAGAAGGAAGAUCGAUGGCAGCAAUGUGGAGGAGGAGCCCCUGGAGCUGACGGCGGAGGGGCGGCCGGUGGCGGCGAGCGGGCGCCGGCCCGCGCGGUGCGAGUGCUACUGCUGCGGCCUGCCCAAGCGCUACAUCAUCGCCAUCAUGAGCGGCCUGGGCUUCUGCAUCUCCUUCGGCAUCAGGUGCAACCUGGGCGUGGCCAUCGUGGAGAUGGUCAACAACAACACUGUCUAUGUCGAUGGAAAGCCAGAGCUGCGGACAGCCCAAUUCAACUGGGAUCCAGAGACUGUAGGACUCAUUCAUGGCUCUUUUUUCUGGGGUUACAUUGUGACACAAAUUCCAGGAGGGUUCAUCUCAAACAAAUUGGCUGCUAACAGGGUAUUUGGUGCAGCUAUCUUUCUAACAUCUACACUGAACAUGAUCAUCCCUUCUGCAGCAAGAGUGCAUUAUGGCUGUGUGAUGUUUGUAAGAAUUCUUCAAGGUUUGGUGGAGGGUGUCACGUACCCAGCCUGCCACGGGAUGUGGAGUAAGUGGGCCCCGCCACUGGAGAGAAGCAGGUUGGCUACCACUUCAUUCUGUGGGUCUUAUGCAGGUGCGGUGGUGGCCAUGCCUCUGGCAGGUGUGCUGGUACAGUACAUAGGAUGGUCAUCAGUCUUUUAUAUUUAUGGAAUGUUUGGGAUUGUUUGGUAUGUGUUUUGGCUGCUUCAUGCCUAUGAGAGCCCUGCUGCGCAUCCAACAAUAACCAAUGAAGAAAAGAUAUAUAUAGAAACAAGUAUAGGAGAAGGAGCCAGCCUAGCUAAUGCAAGUAAAUUUAGUACUCCCUGGAGGAGAUUUUUCACUUCAAUGCCAGUUUAUGCAAUCAUUGUGGCAAACUUCUGCAGAAGCUGGACUUUCUAUUUGCUCCUUAUAAGUCAGCCUGCUUACUUUGAAGAAGUCUUUGGAUUUGCAAUAAGCAAGGUUGGCCUUUUGUCAGCAGUUCCUCACAUGGUCAUGACAAUCAUUGUGCCCAUCGGAGGGCAACUAGCUGACUUCUUACGGAGCAGGAAGAUCUUAACUACUACCACUGUAAGGAAGGUCAUGAACUGUGGAGGCUUUGGGAUGGAAGCAACCUUACUUUUGGUGGUUGGUUAUUCUCACACAAAAGGUGUGGCUAUUUCCUUUCUGGUGUUAGCAGUAGGCUUCAGCGGCUUUGCAAUUUCAGGCUUCAAUGUGAAUCACCUGGACAUAGCCCCUCGUUAUGCCAGCAUUCUGAUGGGGAUCUCCAACGGCGUGGGGACACUAUCGGGAAUGGUGUGCCCACUCAUUGUUGGUGCAAUGACAAAACAUAAGACCCGUGAAGAAUGGCAGAACGUCUUUCUGAUUGCAGCCCUGGUGCAUUACAGUGGUGUGAUAUUCUACGCUAUCUUUGCUUCUGGGGAGAAGCAGGAAUGGGCUGACCCCGAAAACCUCAGUGAAGAGAAAUGUGGCAUAAUUGAUCAGGAUGAACUGGCUGAGGAAACAGAGAUGAACAAUGAAACUUUUGUAAGUCCAAAGAAAACGUAUGGUGCUACCAGUCAAAAUAGUGAAGUACAGAGAAGGGAAUGGAGGAAGCAAAAGCAAGUAACUCAAGACAUGGAGGAACAGACUUCUUACCAUUAUGAAAAUGGAAAUUUUCAAGAUUUGUCUUAAGACUUGGAACUGUAAGAUUUAUAUAGCAGCUACUCCCAUGACUCCUGCCUAGCUGCCCCAAAUCAUCUGGUAUUCACAUUUAUUGUCUUAUUCAAUUACA